CCAGCGAGUACAACACAGAGUCAUUAUGGUGAGCACAGUGAAAAGUGCAGUGACUUGGAUUUUAUUGUGUUUCACAUUUACGUACUGCGUCUCGGAGACUCUCCUAGUGGGCUCAGAGAGAGGUAUCAAGAUUCUGGAGGCUGUUACGUCACUUCCAAUAACAAUACAUCAGCUGCUACCUUAUGUUCUGGCUACUUCUGUGGACUUCCGGUACAAAAAUAGAGACAUCUACUUCAUAUCGAACAAUCAGAUAUUGUACUCAUACUACAGUGAGUAUACGGACAGUCAUGCAGAGCCUAUCCCCAUCAUAUCUACAGGACAGAGGCUGGUAGACUUGGCUGUGGACUGGAGGGACUUUAAGCUUUACUACACAACUGACAAUGGUGGCGCCAGCAGCACCAUCUACGAGGCGGCCCUACUGGGUGCUACAGUAGCGCCCUUCUUAGAGAUAAUGGGCGCCUCCAUCACUGACUUGGCGCUAGACGUCUAUGACAGGAGAUUUUUCUACAUCAAUGAUGACGGUCUUUACAUGUCUUCACUUCAUGAGAAGAGGUCAUUCUCCGACCACUUCAAGUAUCACUUUUCUACAAUCACUCACAACAUAACAGCUGUGUCUAAGGUCUCUGUAGAUCAUCACAACAAACACGUAUACGUCGUAGGAUAUGACGAAAACCACCACCAAUGGCAUCUAGUGAGCACCGACUACCUCAACUCCUACUCCACCCUUCUGUUUAACGGGGGGGAGCUGGCUCAGCCCUUCGCCCUAGGAGUGUUUGACGGAGUAGUAGUCUGGGGAAGCAAGACUCAUGGAGAAUACAUCGUCUACUCCUGCAAACUAACCCCUGCCUGUGAUAUUGACCAACUAGAGAUCGUCUACAGGUCUGAAGAGGUGAUUCAUGACAUCAAGUUCUUCAACUCACACACACAGACGCCAGACCCUGACACAGCCUGUGCAGAACUCAACUGUUCGCACAACUGUACAAUAUUGUCUCAAUACACGGUAGAAUGCACCUGCCCUGCUGGUCUUACGAUUGGAGGAGAGGGCAACUUAUGUAUAGAAGACAAAGUCACCCUUCUCAAAUUCAGAACAAUCGGUUCUCAGCUACAAGCGUUGGUGAUGGAGAUGAUAGACUAUGUUCUGCAGUGGCUGUCUUCUCCGAGUUUCUAUCUCACCCUGCUGAUCCUGCUCGUCAGCAUCGCAGCGCUGAUUCUGCUGUUCUGUUGCUUGUGUGUGCUGACGUGUUUACGGACAGAACAACGUUCGCUAAGGAAGAGCGAGUCCUACGACCUCAGUGAGACGAGACAAGCAGCUGGGGAUACGAUUGUGUGAUUGACAGUUUUUUAAAUGAUGACGCAUGGAUUAUUAAUUUUAUUUGGUAGUUUUUCCUGACUCUGAAAAAUCCUGCUGUGAUAAUACCAGAUUAAAGUUAGAAGGUCUGUUGACCUUUUGCUUCCGUAUACAGAGACUGCAUUUAAGUUUUAUUUAAAUCAAGAGGACAAUCAAUAUUUUUCAAUUGGCUUUUCUCCCUGAAUAAAAAAAAAAACACAUUUCGAUAAUUUGAAAACGGUUCUAGCUCUAGUUGAUCGUAAAAAACUAUCAGUGGGUGGUAAUAAAAUGUUCUACAAGAGCUACAACAGCUGACAGCUGGUACAACUGGUGGUUAGUAGAGUGGGAUGGUGAUCUCACUGUAUACCAUGCGCACUCGGCAGUCAUAGCAUUGACUAUAUAACACUACUAUAGUGUUAUAUAGUCAAUGGUCAUAGCCAGCUUCAAAAACUCAAAGUUACACAAAGUGUCUCACUUUCUUGAAAAGGCGAACUAAACUGUUUUUUUUUAAAUAGAAAAGUUUAAGACUUGAAAAAGGAAAAUGAAUUAUCACUAGCUCUCUUCUGCUGCGUAGAGCAAUGAUUCAUAAAAUAAACCGGUAUGAUAAAUAAAUAUGAGAUGCAAUCUUGUCUUUGGUCAUUUUCAACGAUAACACACUGGGCUUCUAGAACAUAUUCUUUUAUCAAACGGAAUUCAGAAACAAUUCAAGUUCAUGCAUUCACAACAUUAAUUGAAAAGGUUUACUUUGGUGUGUCAGCUGAAAAAGCUAUGUCGAGAUUCACUCCUUAAAGUAAUAUUGAUAGUAAUGUUUUACAUUAUAAAAUCAUUUAUUGUAGUUUACGCAACGAUCACGUAAAGACUAUUUACGCGAGUUGAGUACACUACUUUACCUACGACAGUUUUUGUUAUUGUUAACAUCACUUCUUAUAACUUCUAAAAGUUUUCUUAUGUUUCGUUUAUAGCCUCUCAUUGCCACUGACAUUGAUGCAACAAAUCAUUGUACGAUUACUAAACACUAAUUGCAGCACUCGUUGAAAUUGCUCUUGAACAGCUGAUUAUUUGAAGUUUAAAUCAUUACAAUUUUACUUCUUUUCUCUCAAUCCUCGAACCUCAUUGGUUCGACACAUGUUGUUAAGU